AUGGCCCUCAGAAGGCCAGAGCAGUACAUGACCAAAGCUGACACGGUGAAAGAGGGGCACCAACCGCGCCUGAUGCUGGAAAGUAAACACCCCCCUACCCUCCCCGCUAUCCUCUGCUCUCCUCUUCUCUAUGGAGCAGAAAGUUGGAGCAGCUAUGUAAAUUAUGAAGUUAUAACAGGGAACAAAGUAGAAUCAUUCAUCCUCAGGCUGAAUCAGAGAAAGGAGGCCAGUGUGAUAAGCAGCAUGCUGCCUCAAAGGAGUGCUGUCGCCACGCUGGGCUACAGCUCAGACUGUGGGAAGAUGGAACACAGCAGCAGCAGCUCGGUGGGUGGGACAGUGCUGAGGGGCUCCCGCUCUAAGGCAGAGCUCCAGGAGCUGAUGGAGACGCUUCAGCGCAGGAAGAGCGCUCUUGAGGCCAGCCUGAGGGCAGCAGAGUGCAGCCGCAAGUACCUCAGUGUACCUCCACCUGUGGGCUCUCAGCCCACCAGGCCUCUGUCAGUCCUGAGCAACACAGAUAGACCCCCAUCGGCCUCCAGAACUUUUUCUUACAUUAACAGCAGCAGUGUUCCUCCGUCACCACGCCAAGGUGAGCGCCAGCUCAGCCCCAAUGGCUUUCAUCGCCAUUCCCACUCCCGCCACCAGUCACAAGACAGUCUGCUCACAGAUGGAAGCUCUCUGCUCUCCUCUUACGGGCCACCUGUGCCUCGGUCUCCAAGAGUGAAAAGUGGAGCAGCCAGUGUGCCAUCCAGCCCUCGCAUGGGCCGCAGACUCUACUCUCAGGGCAAACCUGGAGACCCUCGUCAGAGAAAAUACUCCACCGGCUCCCUCAACAGCCUGGGGAUGCACAGCCGCUCUCUGCCACGGCUUCACAAUGCAGCUGACCCCCCUGCUCUGUCACUGCCAUCACGUCACUCGGUGGGUUCCCACAGAGGAGUAGGGACAGCAGGGCAGCGUCGGAGUCUCUCCUCCCUGGAGCAGCCACCUGAUGUGACAGUACCAGCCAGCAUGCCCAGCACUCCCAGGAGGGCCAGCCUGGCCUCUUUGAGCUCUUUGGGUGUAGAUCUGGAUGGGACGGGUUUGGAUCUGAGCUUUGGAGAAAGGAGGCUGUCUUUUGGGAAGGGUGGGUUGAGUCCAGGACAAAGGGUGGGCAGCAUCAGCUCCCUGAAUGGGAAAGAGGAGCUUAGCAAUUAUCACCAGCAUCAGAGAGAUGAGCGGCUCAGAGAGCAGAAAGUGCAGAGAUUGGAGUGCCAGCGUCUGGAGACUAUCUUAAAUCUCUGCACUGAGCUGGGUCAGGUGGAGAGAGAGCCAGCGGUCUCAGCUGUUUCCGACCUGCAGAAGAUCAAUAAAGAGCUGGAGAAGCUGCAGGUGUCCGACGAUGAGUCAGUGUUUUCUGACUCACCAAGCAGCACGGCUCCAGAGAGCAGCUUUGGGGCCAAAGCCAGCAGAGACUUCCAGCUGUCAGAGGAGCAGCAGGUCAGCCAGCGUCAGCAGAGUGGAUACAGAGAGGCCAGGUCUCACUCACCUGCUGUCAGUCUAAACAGCAGUGCUCCUUCACCCUCCACCCACCACAGAACCAAGGCUUUGGAGAGCAUUCAGCUGAAGCAGGAAGUAACGCAGAUAGAGGAGGAGAGGAUCCAAGUUCUGAACAACGUUGAGGAGCUGGAGCAGAAGAUCAAAGACCUCGACAACCAGAUGGAGGAGUCUGUCAGAGAGGUGGAGGUGGAGUUGGCUCUUCUGGAGGGGGAACAGGAGUCAGAGAUGACCCAGCUGCAGAGAGAAAAGGAGCUUCUGGACAAACUCAAGGAAAAGAUUCACAGCAAUGAGAGGACCAGCCACACUGAAAAGUCACAGGAGGCAGAGGAGCAGACAAAAAGUCUGGAGGAUUUGGAGUUUCAGAAGCUGGAGCAAGAAAUUAAUCAGGGCGAGGAAAAAGAGAACGAGAGCCAAGAGCUGCUGCGAGAGAUCUCCGAGUAUCAGCGUCUCAGUGUAACACGCAAGGAAAGACUCAUAACGCUAAAGAAACAGUCGUCACAAAUCACCUUACAGGCUCAGCAAGAGAGAGAAAAUUUCCAAAGAGAGAAAAACAAUUUGCUCAUUAUGCUUCAGAAGGAGAGAGAGAAACUGGCGUCUUUGGAGGGAAAAUAUGCAGAGUUGUCUGAGGGCCAGAGUUUCGCUAACAACCCUGCAGCCAUUACAGAGCACUUACACUCUCUGAAGGAAAGAAGAAGAAGCAGCGGCAGCAAAGAAAACUCUUCCCACCCGAGUGACGGGCUGUCUCAUAAGAGGAGCCAGCAGGUCCUCAACUCUUACGGCAGAUCCCUUGGACGCACGCUUCCUCCAAAGGCCCACCUGCCUCUUUCCCAGAGCUCCAGCUGUGGCAGUGUCAUCCCACCAGGAUUCAGCUUCUCCCCGCGGGAAAUGAACGUCCGCCACCGGCCCAAGACAGGCAACAGUCACGCACACAUGAAUGAGGAAAGACAGAGGAGGAGCGAUUUUUGCAGAGGGAUGGUCUCUGAGCCUAACAUGUUCCUGGAGUCCUUCACAUAUCCGGACAACAGCCAGGCCUCUGACACAGUCAGCGUGGACAGCUCUGACAGCUUGGAGACCAGCUUCUCAGCCUGCUCCCCAGACAACAUUUCCAGUGCCAGUAUGUCUAAUAUGAUGAAGAUUGAGGAGAUGGAGCGUCUUCUACGAGAGGCCCAGGCAGAGAAACAGAGACUCCUCGAGCAUCGAGAGCGUGAAAUGGAGAUACGUAGGCAGGCUCUGGAGGAGGAACGAAGAAGAAGAGAGGAGCUUGAGAAACGUCUGCAGGAGGAGACAAGCAGGAGGCAGAGGCUGGUUGAGAGAGAGGUUAAGCUCAGGGAGAAACAAAGGUCUCAGUCCCGGCUGUUGACUCGCUACCUCCCUGUAAGGAAGGACGACUUUGAUCUUCACGGCCACAUCGAGGCAGCGGGACACAACCCAGAUGCCUGCUUCCAUCUGGCCAUCACUGAUAAAACCUGUCGAGGAUUCUUGGUCAAAAUGGGCGGCAAGAUUAAGACGUGGAAGAAACGCUGGUUUGUCUUCGACCAUAAUCGCAGAACGCUUACCUACUACGCAGACAAGCAUGAGACCAAGAUGAAAGGAGUCAUUUACUUCCAAGCCAUAGAGGAGGUUUACUAUGACCAUUUGAAGAAUGCACAUAAAAGCCCCAACCCCUCGCUGACCUUCAGUGUAAAGACCCAUGAUCGUGUGUACUACAUGGUGGCACCAUCACCUGAGGCCAUGCGUAUCUGGAUGGAUGUCAUGGUAACGGGUGCAGAAGGACACAUGCAUUUCAUGGUGUAGCUAAACCCUGCAGAUCAGCGUGCCUUUGGUGAAAGUUGUGUUGAGCUGAGACGGAUGAUCAUCAGGUCAACAAAUGAACUUUUGUUUACACUUGAGGUAUCUGUAGCCUACAUCUCAUGCUCAGAAUCACACUUUAAUGUAAUCAUGUAUAACAGGACAAAAAAGGUGAUAUAUAUGUUUCAUAAUAAGCUAUUUAGUAAGUUUUGUAUUUGUACUUUAAGUGACUGAAGCAUUCCUAAAACUUCAUACCAGUUUCUAAAUUUUUCAGCUUCUUACCUUCGUUUAAAACGUCCCACCCUGCAGUAUGUUUAGGCUUUUUUGUAUUUAAAUCUUGAUCAGGGAAGGCUCUAAAUGAUCACUCUUGAUGUCUGCUGCACUUCUGAAUUGCAGUACACACUAAUGCUGCUUCUUUCUUUCUUUUUUUUUUUUUUUAAGAUAAAAAAAGAUGGGCUUUUUAGUGCCUUUAUUGGACAGAGGAGGACAGUGGAUAGAGUUGGAAAUGGGAUGAGAAUGGGGAGAGACAUGCCGCAAAGGACCACAGGCCGGGUUUGAACCCCAGCCGCCCAUACAUGGGUAGCGCAUUAGACCACUAGGCCAUCUGCACAACCAUGCUGCUUCUUUCUAACAGAUACCACCAGCCUUUUAUACACAGUAGCUUACUGGAGGUGUCAAGCUCAGACUUAAACGUCUGCAUCCUUUUCCUCUAUAAUGAUUGGGCCAAUUGUCGUUUUAUCUGUGACAGAUUAAAAUUCUUUUUACUUUUUAUGCCGAGCUCUAUCAUACAUGGACUCAUGACGUUGGUAACAACUAAGGGGUGGGAAUAGUAGAGUAACUCACGUUACAACCCCGUGAUCAUGGCAUAGGAUAAGGGCACAGCCUGCAGUAAUGUGUAAAUUGCAAGACAAUUAUUUGUCACAAUGUGGAAUUAACUUAGGAAAGAAAAAUUGCUAAAUCACCACCAUUAGAAGUCAUGAAGUGGUAACUAUUCUGUGCUUAUUGUUAUUUUUUAAAACAAUCAUAUUGUAUGGAGUUAUUAUUGUGGCUUAAUUCAACAGCGGCUUUAAAGUUUUGAGACCAUGACAUAAUCAUUUUUUAGGCUCAGAUGUAAAAAAACAAAAAAAGACUACCUUUCCUUUAAAAUCUGCUCUUGUGCUUUAAAACCACCUCAUUUUCCUUAAAUGCAAGACUGUGAGGUCUUAAUGUUUUAUAUUUAUAUUAAAAGAAGGUUAUAGUCUACAUAGACUUGUGGAAAUAAAAUAUUGAAGUUAAAACAACUCAAGUUAAACUUAGCUAUGGCUGAACAGCUGCAGCCAUAAUGUGUUCAUUGACACAUCAGUGCUUAUAAAUCAGAAAAUAAAAAGUAAGAAGUUUUAUAAGUAUCCUGAAUGGGCAUUUAUAGCUACUGUAUUUUUCUUAAAACCUUAAUGUAUGCUGUUGUACAUUUUAGCUUUAACUGCAGAAUAAAACUUACAAAUAAGUACUUCCAGAUUGUCAUAUUACUAAUUUUAGGCCACUUAAGUAAAGAAAAUAAGACCUCUGUAGUUUUUUUCAUUGUCAAAUCUCAGUAUGCACCGAGAAAGCCUAAUUUGCAGUGAGGAAGACAUUUUCUUUUCUCUGUAGUUUUAUUUUUGCCUUUCUGUUGGCACAGAACCAGUGAAGAACUGUUGUUAAUGUAACAGGUUAGAAAAUGAAGAUGCAGUAGAGUCUUAACAUUCAUAAAGAGGGUCUUGAAAAACGUCUUAAAAAGUAUUACAUUUAAUGACAGAUUUUCUGUCUAUACCCUGGAUAGACUGUGUAUCUGUCCCUCAUUACUAUCACAAACUUAUAUUGAAGUAGCGGAAAACCUCUUUGUUUCAUGAAAGGCUUUCAGUGCUGUUCUUUGCUCUGUUUUUCAUAGAGAAAUAUAGUCCAGUUCUGAUGAAACUACUGCUAUUCUAUAGCUAUAUCCAAACUAAUCACUACACCGGAGGCAGCCAUUGUUGUCAGCUUCCAGUACAACUAAACCCGCCUUUAAUUACUGCCUUGUUCUUCUCAAAUACUGCUGAUUGGCUGGAACAGUUUUCAGACUUGGCACAAAUGUUGUAGAUUGGAACUUUGCUAAAUGGAUUUGCCUGAUGACAUAGAUGGAGUCUGGCCUGUCCAUCUGCUUUGCAUGGUUAGGUUUAGAAGCGAGCAGAAGUCAUCUCAACCUAAGGAGACAGAUUUGAGCAUGAUAUUUAGGCAAGCAACUAAAUAUUGGAGAGCAGGUACACAUAUUGAGCACAAGAUCUAAGCAUAAGGGUUUUAAAAUAUAUAUAUAUGUAUAUUAUUUUUCCGAGCAUAAAAUCAAUAAGUCCUGCUCUCAAAACAAACUGUGUACUUAAAUAAAGCUCCAAUAAUAACUCCAUACAUAGGAAGGUACAUUAUGAUUUACUAAUAUAAAAUGCUUCUAAAGGUGAAGUACAGGAUUAAUGUCAGUUUUAUCUCUUACCUUCUUUUCAAAGUUGUCCGACAUCCCACUGUCAGCCUUUUUUGGGCCAAUUAACUUCUGUUAAAUUGACAGGGAAAUGUGUUUUUAAGUGCCAUUUUUUCAAUUAAUUAUUCAUAAAUGCAGCAGUAUGAUUAUUGUAUCACACAAGACGAUGUAUUGCUGUAUUGAUAUUGCAGCCCAUCUCUAGUCUAAAUAUUGCAUAUCUUUUUGUUAAUUUUUAUUACAAUUAUGGAUACAUUGUCACUUUUAUUAAAAUAUAAUUUGUUAGUAUGAUUUUACAUGUUUUAAAGUAUGUUUAUCGCUGCUUCCUGACUGUCAGCACAAGCUGGUCUUGUCACCUGAAUGUCCACCAUCCUUCUGCCAAACACAUCUAAUACUCCCCUCAGGAGAGAUGAUCUUUAGGCACUUUUAUGUUCUAUGGUUAUGAAUCUUAUGCAGUCUUUGGCAAAUAAUCUACUCCUAAUAGAAGAAGAUGUUGCCUGAAUCCAAAUGGUACUGUGUGUCAUUUGUAGCUCUGUGCAGCUGGCUCCCUCUGGCUGCUGUUGAGGCUGCAGGCCUAUUUUGAUGAGGCCAUGUUGUUCAGCAGUGAUGCUGAAUUUACUGCGUCACCCACGUUCCACGUUGGACUUUUAGUUCACUGUUUUCACCAGCAGAGGUCCUCAGUGCUGAGCUUUUGCUCUGAAAAUGAUGUAAUGCUCUGGCUGCUCUGGCCUUAAUGAAAUAGAGCGGCAGCAGUGAUCCAGAUUUCCUGGUAUGUGCAUUAUAAGCACAUUUAUGUCAAUCUUAAGAUUAAGAUCUGCUUUCGAAACAAAGCAGAAAUGAUCAUGUAAGGAUAUAGAACUUAACAUGUUUUUUUAAAUACAUUUUUAAAUACAUAUUAUAAAUCUACAUAUGUGUUAACAUUCACUAUAAGCAACUAACUAAUGGCAUUAAUAAAAGAUUGUCUACACACCAGCAGGAGGUUUACAGACUGCAGAUAAGCCUGCAGCACUGUCAGUGUUAGGCAUGAGUUGGUGCCUGUGCUGGAUGAUUCUCAGUGAAAGGAUUCCUUCCACAGACUUUAUAGGACACAAUCCUUGAAACCAAACAAACAACCAAAUCUUUAUAUAUUUUAAUGAGUUUCAUAUUUUAUAUAUUGUGAAUGAAGAAUAAUUUGAUUAUGCAACAGGUUUUAUAACUGUCAUUUGUACUGUUUCAA